AUGGUCCUCUGGGCCGGCCAGAUCGCCCUUCCUCCGCCCUUUGUCCGGGUAACUGGCCCGGGUCUCCGCAGGCUGGCUUCGGGGAGCCAAAUCAGGAGGCGCUGGGCGCUCGGCGAGUCCCGGGUGCUACUUGUUGCAUUUCUGCAGAAAACUGUUUCUUCGGAUGAGCGUCGGAGGCGGGAGGAGCGAGCAAGAGUUGGUGCUUUUUGUUUGCUCUGGACUCCGGAGAGCUGGAUUCCCUGGCGCGGAUUCUCCCCGCCAAGCGGAUUCCCCCACUGCAGGCGGGAUCCCUUCCAAGAGCUGCUGGGGUGCGGCUUGGCUGCUGAGCACCGGCCGCUAGGCCUGCGUCUCCGGCGCCUGCUCGUUCGGCGGUCCGGGGAGACUCCGAGCGCAGUCGAAGGGGGCAGCCUGGGGGCCGCGCAGGCUGCGUCCGGAAGGGACCCACGUCGGCAAGGAGCUAGCAAACCCGGCGGAAAUUCGUUCUUCCCACACUCUGCCCCCCGGGGGAUGCAGGCGGAGAAAGAGACGGCGGAGGCAGGACAGACCCUGGCUGGGGGAGGAGGAAACACUAAGUGGCUCCGCGUCUGGUCAGCCCCAGCCCGGACGCCAAGCCAGUUUGCCGGCGGCUUCGGAGCAGAGGGAGUGCGCCUCCUCUUAUCCAUUUAACCUACUCUUCCCGGUGCCACCCUGCGGGAGGUUGAGGCAGCACCGAUUCCCCCAGCAUUCUGCAGGGGAACCAAAGUUGCCUGCGGAAGGCCUUCGAUAGACUAUUGUCAGUAGACGCCAGCUCAUUCCUUUGAAAGUGUUUUAAGUUUCUAGUGUCCUUUUGCUAGAGUCAAAGGAGAGGCACCGCCCCUUUCAGGUUUCUAACCUGAAUAUCCGCUGGAUCCCACUGUGGUAAAGUCCAUGAAGAAAGUUCAAGUGAGACGCCACAGUGAUUGUGUCAGGGCCAGAUUUGGCGAUUCGGUCCGAUUAAUUUUCCUGCAGUCUUAAAGCCCUUGAAGUAGGCCCUGAUCGUAUGCCUGUAUACAAUAACCUGCACAGAUUCCUGGGAAAUUGUUUCCUGAAGGGCCCUCCUGCUUUGUGCCUGAGCGUGCAGCGAUCUUGAAAGUUUUCAGGCUCCAAUCUGCUCAGGCCUGGGUUCAUCGGGGGAAAAUAAUAACACUUAUUAACAAUACAGAAUAGGUGGCCAUUUUGUCGACGGUUCCGUUUAGGAGCAUCUCAUGAUGAAUAAAAACAAGCAAGAGAUAGUCACCACCGUUGCUUGUUAUUUGUUUAUGCAAACCAACUUUUUGAAAACAGCCCUUCCCUCAAGGUGUUCAGAAACUGCCGGUUAUUAGAUUUACGCUUUGCUGGCAGUGUGGAAAAUCAGAGUGCAUAGCCUCACUUCAGGAGGCUGACCAUCCAAUGGGAAGGGAGGGGUCCUCACAGGUCAAAUAAGAAAAUGAGCCAGCGAGGAGAGAAAUCUAGAAAGUUUCAAAGGAUUUUAGUCACUCCAGCAUUUCGUUGUCUUGUUGAGCCAUUUAGCAAGGGGAGGGAUGGAGGCAUGAACCUGGCAGGGUAGUCAGUGAAGACUUCAUGGUGAGGCGGUGACCCCGACUUUGCAGGGAGAUGGGUGUUAGAGAAAAAAUGGUGAGACACUAAUGAAGUACAUCCAGUUUACUGUGGUUCAUUUCAAAUAAAAGGCAAACUUGAGACACAGGUGUCUGCUUUAUUAACAUGAAAUGUGAAGUUUAUUUUUCAGUUUAUUGUGA